UCAAAACGUGUGUCGCUUAAAAUGUUCAUUAAAAUUUAUUUCCUGAUUAAUUCAAUAGUUUUGUUUAAUCAAAUUUAUUGUGUGUAUUUCCAAUUUGAGCGUGAAAAUCAUUGGAAUCUAUUUGGAUAUGAUAUUGACGGGGUAAAAUAUACGAGUGAUUCAGAUUACGAACAAAAGGUCGGAGCGAUUCACUUCGAAAAUGAAGCUUUAAAAGACCAUGAAAAAUUUCUCAUCCAGAAAAACUUAGUCCCAUACGGUACAGUCUAUUUCUUUUACGACCAAAUCGUGACUAUACCAAGGACUAGACCAGGUAUACCUUUCACUGUAAACAUUAUGAAUACACUGAAUCACAGAAAAAAUAAUUACAGUCCUCUCCUCAGUCCUUUUCCGAAUACUCAGGAAGCGAAGAAUAUAGUUUCAGUAUAUGACAUCGUCAUAGAUGGAUGCCGGAGACUCUGGAUGGUCGAUACAGGGUUCAAUGAUGUUCCUGGUGACAGAAGACAGAUUCAAGCACCAACAGUAACCAUAUUAUUAGUGAGCAUUAAUAAAUACGUGGUUUACCAAAAAAUACGCAUAGAUCCAGAAGUACUUCGGAAUGGAGUAACAUCAGGUCUUAGAACCAUCGCCAUAGACUACAUCUUACCUUGUUCGGAGACCUUUAUGUACAUAAAUGAUGACAGCAGUAACGCUGUUAUCGUCUUUUCGCUGAGGAACAAGAGCUUUCAGAGGAUCGUCAGAUCGAAUGCAAAUGACGAAGCGUGGAGCUUUCCUGUACCAAAAUCAAUUGUAAAUUACAUGACGAACGUGGUCAGGUACCGACAGCCCCCGAACGAGACGUUUAUACAGUAUUCAGAUUUACUGAAAACAACAAUUGCCGAUCGGGAGAAGUUACGCUCUGAUGCGGAACUAAGCGAACCCAAAGCCAAUCCCCGAGGGGUGUUGUAUGAAAGAAAUGUAGACAGCAACGUUUUAUUUUUCACAAACGAAGAACGCACGCUUCUAUUUUGUUGGAACGCGGACACACCCAUGGUAGAAGAGAAUGUAGCAUUGCUCACCGACAUAUCGUCGAACAACGAUUUUUAUAUAUCCGGAAUGGAAACUUCCGGAUAUGUCUUUAAAUUCCUGGUCAACAGGAUACGGAAUAUCGAUAAUAAUAUUUAUAAUGAACAAGCAAUCAAUUUCGCUAAUUAUAAGGUCCUAGUUCUCGAAAUGCUGCAGAAUACAACGUGCUCCGCAAGAACUGAGUGUUCCAACUUCCUCGACCAGUGGAACAAGGAAAGCUCAAAUUAUGUCAUGAGUGACAUCAAAUAUUACGCUAAAUACAUAACGGAUGAAUUCAAAUCAGAUUGGAAGAGAGACGUAGAGGCUAUUUGGGCCCAAUUGUAAUUUAAUUUAGUAGUUAUAUAAUAGAUAAUUUGGGAAAGUUAUUAAAAACAUAAUAUUGCAAACGAACUAGAAUUGUAAUGUUCAGAUUCUAUGUCAAUAUCUCGCAAGCUAAAUCCUACCUAUAUAUGACUUGUACACCUACAUAAUGACGUAAAGGUUUAUUUCUUUAUGGUUAAAAAUAUUGUCUUUUUCGUUUCAUUGAAUUUUAAUUCAAAUUUACACUUAAGAAUAAAAUAUCCAAGCAUCAAAGUACAUAGUAAUAUUGAGAAUGGCGCUAGUGAAGGUUCCAGAAUAGCCAUCACAUUAUUGUUUUAUACCUUAGAUUUAAAAAGUGACAAAUAGCUAAAUACCUUAAGAUUUCUUUAUGAAUUUAAUAAAUAAAGUUGGCCUAA